UCAUUAAGAUAGACUGGUGUAGAAAUUCCAGAAGCAUCUUUUCAAUUUAAUAGAUUCUGAAUUACGACUAUGCUUUUCCAAUAAUGUAUUUCGUUAUUAUAAAUUAAAGAUGAAUUUAUUUCUGUUAACGGGAAGGGGAAUUUUUUCGAAAUGAGGAGCGAAGUUAUGUUAUGUACAAUAAUAAUUCGAGGACACUCCAGGGAGUGUAGAAGGAACUAAAAAGUAUCGAUUGUUGUGUUUUGGAGCUGAGGAACAUGGAGAGCAAAGAGGAGAUAUCAUAUGUGAGCCAGCAAGAAGCCAUAGAAAUUGAUCAGAUGUUGAUGAGUCCUCUUGGUUUUACUGUGGAUCAGCUCAUGGAAUUGGCAGGCUUGAGUGUUGCCUCUGCAAUUGGAGAGGUCUAUAGUCCAAGUGAAUAUACUCAUGUGCUUGUUAUAUGUGGUCCUGGUAACAAUGGUGGGGAUGGUCUUGUAGCUGCUCGACACUUGCAUCACUUUGGUUAUAAGCCCUCCAUUUGUUAUCCAAAGCGGAAUACUGAACCUCCUUUUGCUGGUCUGGUUACCCAGCUUGAGUCACUGUCAGUUCCAUUCUUGCCAGUGGAAGAUCUACCCGUGCAACUUUCAAGUGACUUUGAAAUUAUAGUGGAUGCAAUUUUUGGAUUCUCAUUCCAUGGGAACCUAAGGCCACCGUUUGAUAGUCUCAUUAGAAGGAUGGUCUCCAUAAAAACCCAGCAGCGCACACAUGAAAUAGCAGCUGUCGUUAUAUCUGUAGACAUACCUUUCGGGUGGCAUGUGGAAGAGGGAGACAUUUGUGGUGAAGGCAUUGAACCUGAUAUGCUGGUCUCUUUGACUGCUCCAAAAUUGUGUGCCAAAAUGUUUUGUGGCCCGCAUCAUUUUUUGGGUGGAAGAUUUGUUCCACGAUCCAUCAUAGACAAAUUCAAGUUAAAACUUCCAUCGUAUCCCGGCACUUCCAUGUGUGUUCGAAUUGGAAAUCUUCCAGAAACCAAUUUAUCAGCACAGAAAGGGAUAUUUACAGCUUCUGUAAAUCUUGAGGUGGAGGAAAAUCCUAUUGAUCAGGUUGAGUUGUAUAAAUUUCAAAAGUGGCUUGGUGAUGCAUUGGAAGCUGGUGUCAAAGAACCCCAUUAUAUGGUCCUAUCAACAGCUGGUAAAGAUGCAAAACCUUCAUCGCGAAUGGUAUCAUUGGAAGGAGUAAACAAAGAUGGUUUUGUCUGGCACACCAACUAUAGGAGUCAAAAGGCUCGUGAAAUUUCUGAAAAUCCUCAUGCAUCACUUCUCUUUUACUGGGGCCCUAUAAAAUGCCAGGUAAGAGUGGAGGGAUUUGUGGAGCAAGUUUCUGAUGAGGAAUCUGAACAAUCCUUCUCUAGUCUUCCUCGAGAUAUCCAGAUUAGACCAACAGUUAGCAAACAGAGCACACUGAUUCAUGGACGAGAGGUUCUCCAUCAACAGUACAAAGAAUUCGAGGAGAAGUACCAUGACAGAUCUUCAAUACCAAGACCCAAACACUGGGGUGGCUACAGGCUUAUUCCAGAAUUUUUUGAGUUUUGGCAGGGAGAGGAAUCUCAAGUGCACCUCAAAUUUCGGUACUAUGCGGAGGAGAUUGAUGGAAGAAGAGUAUGGACAAUUCAUAGAUUGGUCCCACAAUUAGCAGAAUCAGCAUCUUCAUUAUGACUUGCCAUCUCUUUGAACUUGGCAAAAAUGCACCAGUGCAUGCAUAUGAUAGGAAGCUAGCAAUUAAAUCGCUUCUUUUCCUGUUUUCCCUUCUGAUUACCUUUUCUUGGGUAGGAUAUUGCUUUUGGAAUGUGAUAUAACAUUACUGAGGGUGUACAUAUGUAUUACCAGAAAUUGUUUACUUGCUCAUUAUCUCUUUGUAAGUAUCUCCGUGCUGAUUUGCAUAGUAUUUCCCUUCUACUUCUAUUCUGAGGUUGUA